AUGCGGCGCUCCGGGAGCCUGGGGCAGGACAUCGGGUCGCCGCCGCCAAGCCCUAGAUACGGGGUCAAGAGCGCAGGCCUCGCCCCUCGCCGGGGCAACUGGGCAAACCUGCCUCCCCCCGCUUGCCCCCGCCUCGAUUCUCUUCUGCAAACUGGGGAGGGAGGGAGUUGCCGCUGUGCGGCUCGUUGCACCAAGCUUUCGCCUCACCCGGCCGCACUUCUGGCCCGUUCGUGGGCUCUUGGCAGCAGCCGAUGGCCAGGCCGCCAGCCAGCCAGCCUGCCAGGCCGCGCGGACAGCUCCGCAGAAACCCUCACGAGUGAGCUGCUGGAGGCCGCAGCGGCGUCGCCACCCUGCGCAUGCGUGGGCCGCGCAGCCUGCCGGAACUGUAGUCCAUCCCUGGGGGUGGCAGGUGGCGCCGAGCGAGGAGGCGCGGAGCGCGGCGCCUACAUUUCCCAGGGCGCUGCACCUGCGGACACGAGCGUCCGGCUGCCGCCCCGCCCCGGCGACCCGACUCCAAGCUGCCGCUGA